AACUGAUAAAUGACAGAGCAACAAGUGGGGAAGGUCUCGAGAGUUCCUCGCUCUGGACCGCGAUCCUGGCAGCCCGUGACCCUCCAUGAAACCCCUGUCGUCGCUUGGAAGCUCCUCGGGGCGGAGAGUUUUGCUAGCCCGACAUGCGGCUCUCCCUCUCUCUUGCCUCCUUCUGAGCCAACAUCACCGGUUAGCCUUCCGCGCCCCGGCCAGGUGGUGGCCUUGGACGCCUCCGUGGUCAUUUGCCAGUUCUGCUCGGCGAUGCCCAAGAUCGUCAAUCGCCACGGACAAGAUAUCAGUGCCCUGCAGGGGCUGUUUUACCGGACGCUGCAUCUCCUGGAAAAUGGCAUCAAACCGGUGUUCGUGUUCGACGGGAAGCCCCCAGACCUCAAGCAGGCCGUGCUGGCCAAACGCGCGCUCGCCUCUGGAGUCCGGAAGGGGGCUGCAGAUCCUGCUGCGGGGGACCGGAAGCAGCAGCUCCUCAGGCACGACUUGGAGACCCUGCUGCGCUACCUGGGGGUCCCCUCUGUGCAGGCGCCGGCGGAGGCAGAAGCCACCUGCGCGGCUCUGGUGAAGUCCGGGCACGCCUGGUGCACAGCCACGGAAGACUUGGACGCGCUGCCCUUCGGCAGCCUGCGGCUCCUUCGGCACCUCAACACCAAGUCUGGUGACCUGGAGGAGAUCGCCUUGCCGGAGGUUCUGCAAAAGCUGCGCUUGACUCAGGAGCAGUUCGUGGACCUCUGCAUCCUGCUGGGCUGCGACUACUGCGGGAAGAUCCACGGCGUGGGCCCCAAAAAGGCCCUGAAGCUGAUGCAGCAGCAUGGGAGCAUCGAGCGAAUCCUGCAGCUCACCAGUCGCCAGGCGUACCCCCUGCCGGACCGGUGGGCCCUGCAGGAGACGCGCCAGCUCUUCCUGCAGCCGGAGGUGGCGGAUCCGGGCCAGGUGGAACUGCGGUGGCCGGAGCCGGACGAGGAGGGGCUGGUGCGGUUCCUGUCCCACGAGAAGUGCAUGAAGCAGCUUCUGGCUUGCGUUGGCCUAGCGGCCCCUUGCUCGUCUCUCCGUGGGUCCAGAGAGAGCCGGGUCCGCGACCGGAUGAAGAAGUGGCGGGAGACCUGCCUGAAGCGGAGGCCGGCGCCAGCAGAGGGGCCGGGCCCCGUGGCCAAGCGCCGGCCUGGGCCACAGGGCCUGAAGGGCUUCCUCAGGGUGACCAAGCGCCCGAAGAAGGUACCCAGCGACCGGACACCCAGCAAGAAGCAGAGAGGCCCCGGCAGCAGUCGGAAACAGCAGUGGGAACCAGAGCGCUCUCCUGUGAGGCCUGCAGCCCUUGGCCUCCCUCCCGGGCCCCUGGGCCCCCCCACGUGCCAAGAGAGGAACCUGCCGGAAUGAUGCACCGGGGCACCUGUGGGAACACACCAGGGCUGAGCCGAGCCCGUGAGCCAUGGUCCCCGCAGGCCCUGUGUGGCUGAGCAAGACGCUACUGUGUGGGAUGCUGCAACGGGGGGAGAUGCGUUUCCACCGGGGAAGAUGGGCCUUUAGGCUUUGACUGAGGCCUGCCCAGUACCAUCCGAUUUGGAUGCUGUUUACUUCCCCCCUCAGUGACUCCCCAAAUUCACCUCCAGCUUUGCUAAUAUAAAAAUGACUGUGCUUCUCUUUAGCUUCUUCUCCACUUAUCAAAGAGCCUGUAGAUUUUGCCUCAGGUUGAAGAAAAGAGCAGUGAAAAAUCAGAAUUUAUCCAUCUUUAAAAGAUGGGGGAAUCGGCCCUUCUCCCAACAGGUUUAGCCUGAAGCCUUCCAGCACCAGAUUCAGCAAUGCUCGUCUUAUGCUCUCUUCGCACGCUCUGCCUUGCUGCUCUGAACCGCGCAGACUUCAUAAAUUCAAUUCUUCUGCAAUCAUUUGCACAACAUUCGGCCUGGAAAUCUUAAAAGUUUGCUCAAAGUGUUUAUUAAGCUGGGCUUAAUAAAGGUAUUGUGUGUUUCUUUUGCAA